UUUGAAGUUAUGUCACUGUAUGUCUUUUUUUUUUUUUUUCUUUUUCAAAUCCCAAAGAACAAUACUGCAGUUCAGGGCCACAACAAUAAGCUCAAAGUGUUAUUGAGCCUUGUGAGACAUUUCGGCCAAAGAGGGAAGGAGCAAAACGCCUCCUCAACAGGAUGACCAAUCGCAGGUUGUCGUCAUCCCGAUCAUCAGCUGGAUGCCUUCUUACUUCUGUGUCUGCAGCCGCCGCUCAGCAGCACUUCCAUCAGCGACGAGGUGGACGCUUGGACUAGGAAGUAUAAGAUUUAUUGACCUUGCGUCAUUAUUUUGUCGCGUGUGCUUGUCACGAUGGAACGGAACGGAACGCUGAUGCUGAUUCUCGAUGGCUUUGUAGAUGUGGACAAGUACAGAUACGUUUACGUGAUGUUCUUUUUGGCACUGUAUGUUCUCAUUCUCUGCUCUAAUUGCAUCAUUAUUUGUCUCAUCUGGAUCCACAGAAACCUUCACGAGCCCAUGUACAUUUUCAUUGCAGCUUUGUCGCUCAACUCGCUUUUUUUCAGCACUGCGAUCUACCCCAAACUCGUCGUGGCCGUCUUGUCUAACCAGCAGAGUGUUUCUUAUUCCGGUUGUUUGGUCCAGGUUUUUUUCUUCUACAGUUUAGGUAGUUCUGACAUUUUGUUGCUGCUCGCUAUGGCUUACGACAGGUACGUGUCCAUCUGCAGGCCUCUUCAAUACGCAUCUACCAUGGGCACAACCUGUGUCAGCAUUUGUUUGGCGUCGGCCUGGUUUGUGCCUGUCUGUCUGAUGUCGGUGACGGUUGUCGUUCAGUCCAAACAAAAAAUCUGCAGCGUGACAUUGACUGGAAUUAUUUGCAAUGCGACAAUGAUGAAUAUUCACUGUACAUUACCAAAGUUUCUCGCUAUGUGGACUUUAUUUACCCUAUCCGUUAUGGCUGUCAUCCCCGUGCUGUUCAUUUUCUUCACGUAUUUUAAGAUAUUCAUGGUCGCUUAUCAUAGCCAGGGAGAAGUCUGGAAAAAAGCGGUCGAUACGUGUUUACCGCACCUGAUUGUUUUAUUGGCCACCUUCUCUUUGAUGACCUUUGACAUCAUCAUCGGGCUACUGGAGUCGGUGCUUCCGAAAAACGUGCGCCUGAUUCUGACUCUGCAAACAUUGGUGUACAAUCCCCUGCUCAAUCCGAUCAUUUAUGGCUUGAAGAUGACGGAAAUCCGGAAGCACAUCAAGAGAUUGUGUUGUAGUCAUGUCGGAGUGAUCAAAACUCAAGUGGAAUGAAGAUUACUUCAUUUGUGUGCAUGUCUGUGUGUGGGGGUGUGAGGGUGCGUGUGAGCUACUGUGUUUUUAAUUAUGUACAUGCAUCUUUACGUGUAUACGUGUAUGUGAUUGUUAUUACGUGGGUGUGAUGCAGGUGCGCAGGUACCGGUAUGUGUGCGCACUUGUGCGUUUGUGGUUUGUCCACACGCCCUGCAAAUAUUUGAAUACGCUGAUUUUAUUUGUACUCUGACUGUAUUCAAAAAUAUGAAUUAUCCACAAAAUGAUUAACGACAAAGCUCCACAGUGUAGUUUCAUCUUGCGACUUAAGAUUUUCACGUCAUUAAAUGCCCGUGGAUAUAAUUUCAUAUCAUUCAGUGGUUCUCCAUUUGUUGUCACCCUUUUCCUUUGAUCACAAAGUCGACCACCCGCUUUCAAACCCGCAUCAGUCAAGACCGAUACACAAAUUGUUUUGUUUGAAAAAAAAAUGCUUUUGAAAAUCUGUUUAACAUAUUUUCAAGACACACGCUGACACAAUAGUACAGUCACAAUUCCUAUAAAUACAGUAGUUGGAUUAAAAAAAAAAACAAAAAAAACAGGAGAUUCCUUACCGUCACACUGGAGCUGUCAACUGUGUAGCAGCAUUUAUGUGGACUCUAUUCCAAGUGUCUGUCCAACUAAGGGAGCUUUGUAAUCCAAUAAAGCUUAAUCUAGUCAAGCACGUACGUACACACACUGUUGUGAACGUGUCAGGAGGGAAGAAGACGGGCAUGCGUGUUUUUUUCCGGUAGGAUUUGGUCAUUUUAAUACGUUGAACCGGAAUGGAGCAGCAUGGACUCAUGUUGGGAUGCUCAGUGGACAAUCCAUUAGGUACACCCACGCAAUCUUAUCAGAGCGGUGAGAAACACUGAGUUGACUGACAAUAA